AUGUCAGCAAAACAUUUCGCUUCCAAAGAAAAAUUAUUCAAAAUCUUAAAAGAAUUUCAAGCACGGUUCAAUUCUCCGUUCCGACUCGCUGAAGCGACUAGAUGGUGUGAAAGCUACUUCCUACGUGAGGGUGGUAACGUCGAAACUGUUGGCGUGUUUUUAGAAUUUAUCCUGAGUUUGGGAUUCGUUUAUCAAGUUGACCAAAACAUGUUCUUUUCCAGAUACUAUUUUAACGUGAAAAGGAUUGAGGAGUUUUUUAGCACCUUUUGCAGAUUGACAGAUGGAAGUUCCACAAAAGGCAAAAGUCAGCUAAAAAGUGCUGAUGAGUCCGGUAUCCGAUCUCUCGAUAAUUCUCAAGAAGAUGUAUUUGAAAAUAAUAUCUGUUGUAACUCUGUCUUAACCAAUACAAAAUCUCAUUUAUGGUUCGAAGAGAUAAUUAGACGUUUGUCCUGCGUAAUGGAAACAAAUAGAAAUGAGCUGAUGUCAAUAAUGGGAUCGUCGGACACUGAUUCAUCUACCUCCUCACUGCCUAAUGAUUUUUCAAUAGAUAUGGGUACUGCCGCUUACACAAACAGUAUAGCGUUAGAAAAUUGGCAUAAUUGCUUAAAGAAUUCAACUGGGAAAUUAGUCAGUCAUGUGGCUAUUACUUGUCUAGAUGCAUUGUCCAAAUGGCCAAAUAAUAUCGGUCAUCAAUCGAAAGUUUGUGAAAGAAAACGUCUACCAAGUUCACUUCUAUCCAUUACAAUUUCCCAUUUGGAAAACUUUCAACAUUGCUGCAUCCCAAAGACAGCAGAAUUACUUCUGGAUCAUAUUUUUUGCAGCUUUCCAGAUGCGAAACUUUUAGCGACAAUGAAUAGUCUUCUUAAAGGUUGGAUUAAUUCCGUUUCAAGUAACGCCAAUGACUUAAAGCCGUUUGAAAAAACAUAUUCUCCUAAUGUGAUAAAUUCACAUGGUGGUGAUAAAAAUAAUCUCCAAAAUAUUUCACUCCCACCUUUAACUACACCUUUAAGGGAUACAAACAAUUUGCAUAAAAAAGUUUAUGGACAUUCAUUAUCUAAAGCUUUUACACCUGACGACAACUCAUUCACUGAAUACCAUCCUAUUUCUCCGAUUGUAAACUGUCUAAGAUUUGAUGUAAGGGCAUCUGAUCCUGGUCACAACUGUGAAAAUUUAAGUAGUAUGUUAAUUCAAACGGGGAAAUCAAGAAGUCACAGUGUCUCUGAACCAGUUCAUCAUGAGUUGCAUCACCUCAACGGAUAUAACACAACCAAUCAUCAGAGAGAUUCUGGUAAAUCUAACAAUGAUCGUAAUUUGCCUACUACCUCAUAUACUCAACACUCGGAUCGUGGUGCAUAUUGUUCAUCUAAUCGUAUACCCAGUGAUCCAAUAUCGUCUAUCCAACACCAUUGGCCGAUCAUAGAAAGUUAUGAUUUAGCUCUUGCUUGUCAACUAGUUUUACUUUUUUUACCACCUGUAAUGUUUUCCCGGUUAAAAAUAAUGGUUGAUUUAUUGCGUCGAGUUCUAUCAAAUCAUGAACGCUUAGCUUCGUGGUUGGUAAACUAUGGUUCACGUGAAAAUAUUGAAAAUAAGUCUGAAAACAUUUUACCAUCCGAUACUCUAUCAUCGUUGGAAAUUACAUUGCAUGUGAUUGUAAAACACUUCGGCCCACUACUUUUACGUGUAUCAAGUGAUUCCGCUGUCAACAAAACAACUUCACGGAUUCGUUGGAGAGAAUGUCUUCUUUGUUUGUUACUUUGUGACCCGGAAAACUUCCUCUUAACAUCACCCAAUAGUUUACAGUCUUGUUUACGAUCUGUAAAUAAUGAUAAUAAUACGACAAGAGAUAAUAUUAAACCAGAACAAGAAAAUAUUCUACACAUUGAAGAGCUUAUUGGAUUAGAUGGUAUCAAGUCACAGGGUUCAAGAAAGUCCGGAUUUGCUCGCUCAUCAUCGUCAUCAUCUUUACCAGCAUUUAUUCCACCAAUCAGAUCAGCAUCCAGUAUUAGUUUAGAUGGUAGAUUGUCAAAAUUAAUUGGAUCACGAGAUAAUCUAAUCAAAUUUGCAUCAACUCCUACAAAAAAUGGUAGAAGUAGCAGUUUACAAAACUCUCCACGUUCUACCGAUACUUUUAGUUGUCGUCGUAUAUUUGAUGAAAGUAAUUUAGGUAUUGGAAAUCUAAGUUUAAAAUCACAUUCUACACUUUUUAUCAGUGAAGAGUCUUCCGGUCGGUUUGGCCGUUCCGGGAAUUGGAGUGUAGAAAAUUCUCUGAUUGGUUUAAAUUCAAGUAUAUUUUUUCAGUCUGAUCUAGAUCCCAAACGAUUAGCUGCAUUAGGUAAUACAGCUCAUUUGAUCAAGCUUUUAAAUCAGAUUCUCAAUGACCGUGACAUGAAUCCACGUAGAAAAAUGAAAUGUCUUCAAGAUUUUCGCAAAUCUCAUCCAGAUGUGUAUUGGUUACGCUUUGGUACUGAAGAAAAAGCAUCCAACUAUUUAUCCCGUUUACAACGUCGUAUCGAUUCACAAACUCAACCUAGUGUUUUUGAGCGGAUUACAAAUGCACUACGUCGUCGACUUCAGAGUCCCGUCAAGCAACAGGAUUAG